AUGGUAUCUUACAUCUUGUUCUUGUAUGUUGUACUAUUGCUAUGCUCUUAUGACAGCCUAUUUUGUGCUGCUAGAGAUGAAUUAACAUAUGAUGAUCCAGUUAUCGAUAAUGGAUCAGAUGCUCUUGUUUCAGUAGGAGGAGAAUUUGAACUAGGUUUCUUUCCUACUACUACAGGGAAAAGAUAUGUGGGCAUAUGGUAUCAUAAGAUCAAACCAAGAACAGUUGUAUGGGUUGCCAACCGAGAGGGACUACCAGCCAAUUCCACUGGAGUUCUUACAAUUGAUGAAGAAGGUAACCUCUGCGUGUUGGAUAGAGAUACUGGAAAGCUUUAUUGGUCAGCAGAAGUUGGAACAUCUUCGUCUUUUAACAUGACAGUGAUGACAGUACAGAUAACGGAUUAUGGGAACCUGGUUUUGAGGGAAACUGGUGAUGAGUUGACAGCAGAUCCUUUGUGGCAGAGCUUUCAAUACCCAACUGAUACAUUCAUUCCUGGGAUGCUAAUGGAUGCUAACUUGGAGUUGACUUCAUGGAGCGACAAAGAUGACCCAAGAACUGGGAACUACACCUUCAAGCUAGAUCAGGGAGGGAACCUGUUUACCAUCUUAAACAAAUCGGUUCCUUACUGGAAAAGUGGAGAGCCAGGUAUAUACUUGAGCUCAGAUGAGAUGCGUCCUGAGGUAGCUUACUUGUUAUUAAACUUAAGCAAGAAUUCUCUUUAUAGAACUCAGUCACAAUUUAACUACAGUUAUACAAGAUUGGUGAUCAAUUCUAAUGGAGUGCUCAAUGGUUUGACCUGGAUCGACACCAUUAAGCAGUGGAGUGUCUUCUUGUCUGAGCCAAAAGAUCAAUGCAGUGUGAUAAAUGCAUGUGGAAACUUUGGCAGCUGUAAUAUUGAUAAUACCCCGCUAGUGUGCAAAUGCUUGCCAGGUUUCAACCCCCAGUUUAUAGAGAAGUGGAAAUCCGGAGAUUUUUCGGGUGGUUGCACAAGACAGUCGUCAUGUAGCGAGAAUGACACCUUCUUAAGCAUAAAGGUGAAAAAGGCAGGAAGAUAUGGUUCAUCAUCCUAUGUUACCAGUGAUACAGAAUGCAAGAAUACGUGCUUUGGUAGUUGCCAGUGCCAGGCUUACACAUCUACUUCAGCUGUAAACUUCACUGCUCGAAGGGAUAUUCUCAAGAAUGUCAUUUGUUAUAUAUGGACCACGGAUCUAAAUAAUCUGGUAGAGGACUCUGGUAACAAUGGCAAGAAUCUCAAUGUUCGAGUUUCCCCGUCUGAUUUAGGAUCUAUUGUAAGAGACUGUCAGCCUUGUGGCACAACCACCAUUCCUUAUCCCCUGAGCACUAGAUCAGAUUGUGGUGACCCCAUGUAUUUAAGUUUCUGGUGCAACACCUCCAGUAGUGAAUUCAUCUUCCAUGGAUCAGAUGACACCUCCUUUAGAGUUAUAAAUAUCAGCCGAAUAGGAAGUCUACAAGCGCUAUCAAAUAAGAGUUCAAGGAAAAAAUUGCUAUUGCCUCUGCUUGUUGUGGCAGCUAUAAGUGGGAUAAUUCUAGCAUGCAUCAUUGGUUUUUGUAUAUGGAGAAGAAAGAUGACUAAGAGACAAGAUCAAGUAAGUCGUCCGCAGCUUGAUAGUGAAAGAAGAGUCAAAGAGCUCAUAGACACAAGUGACUUCAAUGAAGAAGCUGAUAAAGGCAUAGAUGUACCUUUUUUUGAUUUGCAAACAAUACUAGUUGCUACAGAUAAUUUCUCAAUUGCAAACAAGCUUGGACAAGGGGGGUAUGGGCCUGUUUACAAGGGGAUCUUUCCUGGAGGUCAAGAAAUUGCUGUAAAGAGGCUAUCAAAAGUUUCAGGACAAGGCUUACAGGAAUUUAAGAAUGAGGUGGUGCUAAUCGCCAAACUACAACAUCGUAAUCUUGUUAGAUUGCAAGAUCAUACCCAAAGCCUGUUUCUAAAUUGGGAGAUGCGGUUUAACAUUAUUUUGGGAAUUGCUCGAGGACUUGUUUAUCUUCAUCAAGAUUCCAGGUUGAGGAUCAUUCACAGAGAUUUGAAAACCAGCAAUGUUCUUUUGGAUGAAGAAAUGAACCCCAAAAUAUCUGACUUCGGCUUGGCCAGGAUUGUUGGAGGCAAAGAAACCGAGGCAAACACAAAUACAGUUGUAGGAACCUAUGGUUAUAUGUCACCAGAAUAUGCAUUAGAUGGAAAUUUCUCUGUCAAAUCAGAUGUCUUUAGUUUUGGUGUGGUUCUUCUUGAGAUAAUCAGUGGAAAAAAGAAUGCAGGAUUUUAUCAGUCCAAACAGACCUUCAGUCUACUUAGUUAUACAUGGGGACUCUGGACAGAAGACAAGGUGUUGGAUUUAAUGGACAAGAAUUUGGAAGAAAGUUGUAACAGAAGUGAAUUUAUGAAGUGUGUAAAUGUUGGGCUAUUAUGCGUACAAGAAGAUCCCGUUGAUCGCCCUACAAUGUCAAAUGUCAUCACCUUGCUUGACAGUGAAGCUGCAAUCCCUGCAACUCCUAAACAACCAGCCUUUUUCAUAAGGAGAGGCAACUCUAGCACAGCUUCCUCUUCUACUAAGCCAGAACCAAAUUCUGAAAUAACUAUUCUGGAAGAUGUGAUAGCAUAUAACAGUCUGAUUAGUGAUGAAAAAGGUGAUACUAUUGUUUCAUCAGGAGAAAAAUUUGAACUUGGGUUCUUUACUCCUAAUGGAAGCUCUGGUACUAGAAGAUAUGUUGGUAUUUGGUAUUACAGAUCGAAUCCACAAACUGUCGUGUGGGUUGCAAAUAGAGACAACCCUCUUGCAGAUACUCGUGGAGUUUUCGCUUUUGCAGAAGAUGGAGAUCUUAAGGUGUUGGAUGGAAAUAGGAAAACUUACUGGUCAUCAAGUCUUGAAACUUCAUCAUCAAUGACUAUGACAGCAAAGAUCAUGGACACUGGUAAUCUUGUUGUGAGCAAUAGAGAGCAAGGAAACAACUCAGCUCAAAUUGUCUGGCAGAGUUUUGAAAAUCCAACCGACACAUUUCUUCCUGGCAUGAAAAUGAGCGCAAAAUUAGUACUGAGUUCAUGGAAGAGUUACAAUGAUCCCGCAACAGGAAAUUUCACAUUUCAGCAAGAUCAAGAGGAAGCAAACCACUUUGUUAUCUGGAAAAGAUCGAAAAGGUACUGGAAGAAUGAAGAUCAUGGCAACUUCAUUAGUUCAGAUGAGAUGGCUUCUGCAAUUCUCUACUUGCUAUCAAACUUCACCUCUACAGCAGUCCACAAUAACUCUGUGCCAUAUCUCACCUCCUCAUUAUACACUUCUACAAGGCUGGUUAUGAGUUUCUCCGGCCAAAUUCAGUAUCUAUUGUGGGAUAGUGAGAAGGUUUGGUCUAUGAUAUGGGCAGAUCCUAGAGAUAGAUGCAGUGUAUACAAUGCAUGUGGAAAUUUUGGUAGUUGUAACAGCAAAAAUGGUUUGGUUUGCAAGUGUGUGCCUGGUUUUAAGCCUAGUUCACCGGAUAAUUGGAAUCAUGGAGAUUAUUCAGGUGGAUGCACUAGGACGUCAACAUUAUGUGGCAACAAUGCUGAGAGUGACACAUUCUUGAGCUUAAAGAUGAUGAAAGUGGGAGAUCCAGAUUCCCAAUUCAAUGCCAAAAGUGAAGUGGAAUGCAAAGUAGAGUGCCUUAACAACUGUGAUUGUCAAGCUUAUUUCUAUGAAGAGGUGGAGAACAGUAAAUCUGGUGGGAGGAGUAGUUCAACAUGUUGGAUCUGGUCACAAGACGUCACCAAUCUUCAGGAGGACUAUGAAGGUGGCCGAGAUCUACAGGUUCGUGUAGCAGUUUCAGAUAUAGAAUCAACAGCAAGAAGCUGUGGAAGUUGUGGCACAAACCUGAUCCCUUAUCCCUUGAGCACUGGACCAAGGUGUGGUGAUCUUACUUACUACAGUUUUUUAUGUAAUAUCUCAACUGGCCAGUUGAGCUUCGAAGCACCAAGCGGCACCUACCAUGUCACAAGCAUCAAUGCGGACACACAAACAUUUGUCAUCCAAGCUAAUGAUGCAGAUGGAUGUAGAGAUGAAAAAUUUCUGAAGCUCAACCAGUCUUCUCCAUAUAAUGUGACAGGGAUGUGCAAAGCUGAUCCGACACGUUUUAGUCCUAACUUGUCAUUUAAAGGAGGAUAUGAAGUUGAAGUUGCUUGGGAGUCACCCUUGGAACCACCUUGUUCGUCAUCUACAGACUGCAAGGACUGGGCCCAUUCGAUAUGUGAAGCUACUCUUGAUGGGAAGAAAAGGUGUCUUUGCACGGCAGACUCAAAAUGGGAUGGCAGGAGUUUGAAUUGUACUCAAAAAGUUGGUCACAGAAAGCAAACUGGUGAGCAAGGGAAGAUGACGCUGGCUCUAAUCAUUGCAGUAACUUGCAUAAGUGUAGCUGUUCUGGCAAUUCUUUCAAGUACUUUUGCUUAUGCUUAUCUGUGGAGAAGAAGGCGCAUUAAGACAAAAGAAGGCAGGGCAUAUCUUCAAAAAUGUUCAACACUUCAUCACUUUUAUGACAGUGAGAGAAAAGUCAAGAACUUGAUUGAAUCAGGCCGAUUUAGAGAUGAUGAUACGGAGGGCAUUGAUGUACCCUCUUUUGAUUUGGAAAGCAUACUGGUAGCUACAAAAUACUUCUCCAUUGCAAAUAAACUUGGACAAGGAGGAUUUGGUCCUGUCUACAAGGGUAAGCUUCCGGGAGGAGAAGAAAUCGCUGUAAAAAGGCUCUCAAGUUGUUCAGGCCAAGGCUUAGAAGAAUUCAAAAAUGAGGUUUUGUUAAUUGCCAAACUCCAACAUCGAAAUCUGGUUCGACUUUUGGGCUAUUGCGCUGAGGGAGAUGAAAAGAUGUUAAUCUAUGAAUACAUGGCCAACAAAAGCUUAGACUCUUUCAUAUUUGAUCGGAAAGUAUGCGUAUCAUUGGACUGGAAUACACGCUUUAACAUCAUCCUAGGCAUUGCUCGGGGGCUUCUUUAUCUUCACCAAGAUUCUAGAUUAAGGAUUAUUCAUAGAGAUCUGAAAACUAGCAACAUUCUACUGAGUGAAGAGAUGAACCCCAAAAUAUCAGACUUCGGCUUGGCAAGGAUCUUUGGAGGCAAUGAAACUUCAGCAAACACCAAUAGAGUAGUGGGAACAUAUGGCUAUAUGUCUCCGGAGUAUGCAUUAGAUGGAUUAUUCUCAGUAAAAUCUGAUGUUUUUAGCUUUGGUGUAGUUGUGAUUGAGAUCAUCACUGGGAAAAGGAACACAGGAUUUUAUCAGCCUGAAACAUCUUUGAGUCUUCUUGGCUAUGCAUGGCAUUUGUGGAAAGAAGAAAAGGCAUUAGAUUUGCUAGAAAACACACUUUGUCACAGCUGCAACAAGGAGGAGUACUUCAAAUGUGUCAAUGUUGGACUCUUAUGUGUACAAGAAGAUCCAGGUGAUCGGCCAACCAUGUCACAAGUGGUUUUCAUGCUCGGAAGUGAAAGUGCAACAAUUCCAACCCCUAAACAACCUGCGUUUGUUGUUAGGCGAUGCCCUUCUAGUUCUAGCAGGGCUUCUAACUCUUCAAGCAAGCCUGAAACAGUUUCGAACAAUGGUUUAACUGUUACCUUAGAAGAUGACAAAUUAGUUCCAGGACAGUAUAUCACUGGUAAUCAAACUUUGGUUUCUUCUCUUGGGACAUUUUCAUUAGGCUUCUUCAAUCCUGAGAAUUCCACGAAAUACUUCCUUGGUCUACGAUUCAACACCUUCCCAGACACUGCGUUAGUAUGGAUUGCUAACAGAGAAUCUCCGCUUGAUGCUCCUGGUUUGUUUAUGCUCAGCAGCGAUGGGAACCUUGUAGUGUUGGAUGAUACUAGAAACCUUGUCUGGUCAACUAAUGCUUCAAUAUCUGCUUCUGCAAUGAAUCACACAACUGGACUACUAGCUGAUACCGGAAACGUUGUUCUGAGCUUUGGAGAAGUCACCCUUUGGCAGAGCUUCGAUCAUCCCUCUGAUACUAUGUUGCCCGGCAUGAAGAUUACCUUGAACAAAAAGACUGGCCAACGAAGGCGCCUUACAUCCUGGGCAGCGCUUGAUGAUCCACAACUCGGAAACUUCACCUUUGGCAUUGAUCCUCAAGUACCACUUCAGGGCAUUAUCUGGAAGGAAACUCUUCCCUAUUUUAGAAGUUCUGUGUUCGUUGGCAAGGAUACAAGAACAGAGUUUCCAAGUGGAUCAGCGUUUUUCCUUCUUACAACUUUGAUAUUGAUGAGUGCCUGUCGCAGAGGUGAAUCCCUGUCAUCAUCACCAUGCAAAUGUUUGACUGGUUUUAAAUCCAAGUUUCCGAACCAAUCGGCGAUGGGGGACUGGUCCGGUGGCUGUGUUAGGGAAAAGGUGUUGACAUGUAGUAACGGCAUACAAGAAAACUUUUUGAGGCUUGAAAACGUGAAACCGCCGGACCAUACUGUUCUGUUAAACAACAAGAGUUUGAGCGAGUGUGAGUCCGAAUGUCAGCAGAACUGUUCUUGCACAGCUUAUGCUUAUGUAAAUGGGACAAAUGGAAGUACUGGGAAAUGUUUGGCAUGGUUUGGCGAAUUACUGGAUCUAGUUGAGAAUCAGAAUACUGGAACACAUGAUGUCUAUAUUCGUGUUCACGGCUCUGAAUUAGGCACUAAGGGUUUUUCUUUUAAUUCCUUGAAGCAGACCCUUGUAAUUGCUAUAGUCUCUGCAGCAGUUGGAUUGCUUACAAUAACUUUUGGCUAUUUCGUAUGGAAGAAAAAAAUGGGGAGGAUAGCUAGAAGAGUAAGUGAGAAUGUAAGUAAGGUCAGUGCAGGAGAUAGGAAGAAUGAUACAGAACUACCACUCUUCAGUUUAAGGAGUAUAUUAGCUGCUACAAACAACUACUCUGAAGAUAAUAAACUUGGAGAGGGAGGAUUUGGCCCCGUUUAUAAGGGAGUUUUGCCGGAAAAUCAAGAAGUGGCUGUCAAGAGACUAUCAAAGAAGUCUGGGCAAGGACAUCAUGAGUUCAUGAAUGAGUUGAAACUUAUAGCCAAACUCCAACAUACCAAUCUUGCUCGUCUGUUGGGUUGCUGUAUGGAAGAAGACGAACUCAUAUUGGUCUAUGAGUACAUGCCUAAUCGAAGUUUGGACAAAUUUUUGUUUGAUCGUUUUGAAAAGACAAAGUUGGACUGGGGUACCCGCUUUCGAAUUAUACAAGGUAUUGCUCAAGGAGUACUAUAUAUUCACAAAUACUCUAGACUGAAAAUCAUCCACAGAGAUCUAAAAGCAAGUAAUGUGCUAUUGGAUGGAAUGAUGAAUCCCAAAGUGUCUGACUUUGGAAUGGCGAGGAUUUUUGAUACAAAUCAAAUUGAAGCAAAUACCAACAAGGUUGUUGGGACAUACGGCUACAUGUCACCUGAAUAUGCAUUAUAUGGUCAUUUUUCUGAGAAAUUGGAUGUAUUUAGUUUUGGAGUAUUGUUGUUAGAGAUUGUAAGUGGAAAGAAGAAUGCUUCCUUUUAUUCUUGUGAAAGUUCACUAACGCUUGCUCAAUGGAUAUGGGAAUUAUGGAAAGAAGGUAGAGGAAUGGAGGCAAUUGACGCAACAGUAAGGGAGACAUGCCGGAUUCAUGAAGCUUUGAGGUGCAUCCAUGUCGGGAUUUUGUGUGUUCAAGAAGCUCCAGCUGAUCGACCGACAAUGUCAUCAGUGAUUCAUAUGCUAGAGGUCGAUGAAGCUACAUCGCUUCCACCCUCAAAAGAACCUGCUUUUUCAACAAGUUGGAAUUCAAGUUCUGUUACCACUUAUUCUGAAAAUGCAGUCACUAUUACUUUGCCAGAACCACGAUAG